CCCAAAACAAACUUUAUAUUUUUUAGAUAUUUCUGCUGCCACUCAUUUUUUUUAUCUCGACGCCAGCAUACCGUCGCAAAUUCUAUUUUUUUUAAAUAUAUCCACCACAUUCAAAAUGUUUGGAGCCACGUCGCAGCUGUACGAUGCGCGGGAGCCUGAAUUCAAGGCAGUUGUGCUCACAAUGUCCGACAAUGACAUGUACCCGCUGACCGAGCGCAACAACAUGACCAAGGCGCUGCUUCCUAUUGCUAAUAAGCCCAUGCUGUGGUACAUCCUGCAGUGGCUUGAGCAGGGCGGCAUUUUGGACAUUAAGAUUGUCACUACGCGUGAGUCGGAGGCCGACAUCUCCAACUACAUCGAGGUGUACAAGGGCAUGUCAAACAUCACUGUCAAGGGCCUCAGCGAAGUCAGUGGGUCUGCCGACGCACUGCGCCAGCUGGCCCCACAGAUCAAAGGCGACGUUAUUGUCGUUCCGUGUGACUUGCUUAUCGACGUACCCGCCGUUCACUUUUUGGAUCUCUUCCGUAUCCGCCGCCCAGCCAUGGCGACAAUGUUUUACGAGGUCAUGCGGUCUGAGGGCGGCGGCGGCUCAUCCAAGGCCAGGGUGCCGCUACCUGUGGUCGGCAUUGACCAGCCCACGUCGCGGCUGGUGCUCCUCGAGGAUGUUGAGUCAGACGAGGAGCUGCAGUUGCCAAUGUCGCUCAUUCGCCGGUUUCCCUCGAUGGCCGUGUCGGACAAGAUGCAGGAUUCGCACGUGUACGUCCUGCAAAAGUGGUUGCUUGAUUACAUUGUGAACAACACUGACAUUGAGUCUCUGCAGGACGACCUGCUUCCCCUGCUUGUCAGCGCGCAGAGCGACCCGGAGCUUUUUGAGUCCAGUAAGCUUGAAAAGUACAUGCUGAAGGCAUCCUCAGAGCAAGAUGUCACUGAUGACCACGAUGCAGCCGCCCUGCAGUUUGAACUGUCAGAGUCUGCAGCCAAACCCACCGACCCCACUAGCUCUGACUCGUUGCAGGUGUUUGUCUACAUCCGCCGCGGGGGCAUUGCCGGCCGCGCCGACCAGAUCCCACAGUACUGCGAUCUGAACUACAUUGCCACCAAGCUUUCGAUCGACCCACGCGUUGAGGAGAGCGCCGAGCUGCUUAAGAAUGUGCAAGUUAGUGCAGACUCGAUGGUUGGACAGUCGUCAAAGCUAGGCGAGCGGUGCUUGGUUAAGCGCUCGGUCAUCGGCCCGCAUUGCAUAAUCGGCCAUAAUGUUAAGAUCACCAACUCAGUCAUCAUGGACCACGUAACCAUUGGCGACAACGCGGUCAUUGAAUCAUCUAUCCUCUGUAAAGAGGCAACGAUCCCGGAUGGAUUUCAGAUCAUUAACUGCGAGAUCGGCGCCAAGGUUUCUGUGUUUGAAAACUCGAGUCUGAACAAAAAGACCCGCACUGUUGAUGACUAUAUGUGAUACAGCAGCAUGUAGUCCCAGUUUGCGUAGAUAAAAUUUUAAUUUUUUCGUGAUCAAGAAAUUGAAUUGCCAACUUGAGGCUUGUCGUAAGCAAGCGUGACAAAAUAAAAAAUGACAGACA